UCCCUGGUCCUUCCAGGUAGGGAAGGAAGAGGCCUGGUGCCAUUCCUUGGCCAGGAGGGGGAGGCUCAGGAGGAAGACAUGGUGCGGGCGGCAGAAAAAGCCCCAGAGACACCUUCUGGGUCUCCUCUUUACAGUGAAAUGGGAAGAGACUCUACGCAGCCAGCUCAAGCUCCUGCGACCUUUGAGGAGGUGGCUGUACAUUUCUCCAAGGACGAGUGGACGCUGCUGGAUCCAGCCCAGAGGGCUCUGUACAGAGAAGUCAUGCUGGAGAAUUAUGGGGAGGUGGCCUCUUUGGAUGGGCCUCUGAUUCUUCAACCUCUUCUCAUCAGCUGGUUGGAAGGAGAAGGAGAGCAAUUUGACCCGGAGCGACUGGCAGGUGGAGGGGAAACCUCCAUGACGUGCUCAAGGUUCUCGCCUCUUUGUCACCGGGUGGAAAGAGCCGUUCUGCCCUUAUCUCAGGGUUUGGUCUCCUUUGAGGAAGUGAGUGUCUCCUUUGCCGCAGAGGAGUGGGUUCUGCUGGAUCCAGACCAAAGGGCGCUGUACAAAGAAGUCAUGUUGGAGAACUACAGGAAUGUGGCCUCUCUGGAAGGUCCUCUGAUGCCCAAAUCUGACCUUGUCUCUUGGCUGGAAGGAAAGGAAGAACUGCUGUCCUGGGAGGAGCCUGCAAAGAAGGACGAGGGAUUUUUCCAGGAAAAAUUGACUGAGGAUGGACUUGGCUUUGAGAAUUAUAAGGAGCAAUCUGUGGCGUCGUUGGAAACAGCUAAGCAGCAAGCAGCCACAGAGGCCUUUGGGACACGAAGGGGACCUAUAUAUCUUGAGGGAAAUGAAUCUUCUCCUUCUCUGCAUGAUGAUUUUCAUGAAAUCCUGAGCGUACAUCUACCUCACAUGGGAGAGAAGUGCCCAGUGUGUGGGAAGACUUUCAAAGAUGAAUCGAGCUUGAAUAAACAUUGCAGAACCCACACAGGAGAGAAACCGUAUCAAUGCCUGGAAUGCGGAAAGUGCUUCAGUGGUAGCGGAAAACUUACUAGACAUAAAAGAAGCCACACAGGAGAAAAACCUUAUCAGUGCCCUGAAUGUGGAAAGAGCUUCAGUGAGAGAGGGACACUUAUUAGACAUCAGAGAAUCCACACAGGGGAAAAACCUUACCAAUGCCUUGAGUGUGGAAAGAGCUUCAGCGACAGCAAAACACUGAAUAAUCAUCAAAGAACUCACACAGGAGAGAAACCAUAUAAAUGCCUGGAGUGUGGAAAAAGCUUCAGCUACAGUAGCAUCCUGAAUACACACCGAAGAACACACACAGGGGAAAAGCCAUAUCAGUGCCUGGAGUGUGGAAAGAGCUUCAGUCGGAGCACCCACCUUUCUGCCCAUCAGAGAACUCACACAGGGGAGAAACCAUAUAAAUGCCUGGAGUGUGGAAAGAGCUUCAGUGUUAGCUCAAACCUUAGUUGUCAUCAGAGAACCCACACAGGAGUGAAACCAUAUAAAUGUAUGGCAUGUGGAAAGAGCUUCAGUGCUAGCUCAAGCCUGACUUUACAUGAGAGAACUCACACAGGGGAGAAACCGUAUAAAUGCCCUGAGUGUGGAAAGAGCUUCAAUCACAGCUCAAACCUUACCUCACACCAGAGAACACACACAGGGGAAAAGCCAUUUAGAUGCAUGGAGUGCGGAAAGAGCUUCAGCCAGAGCAUAAGUCUCACCGCCCAUCAAAGAGUCCACACUGGCGUGAAACCAUAUACUUGCCUGGAGUGCGGAAAAUGCUUCAGCGACAGCAAGACGCUCACUACUCAUCAAAGAAUCCACACGGGGGAGAAGCCAUACAGAUGCGGUGAGUGUGGGAAGAACUUCAGCGUCAGCUCAAGCCUUACUUCACAUCAGAGAACUCACACCGGGGAAAAGCCCUUCAAAUGUGCAGAGUGUGGGAAGGGCUUCAGUCAGAAAGCCCACCUUUGUGCCCAUCAGAGAACUCACACAGGGGAGAAACCUUACCAGUGUCUGCAGUGUGGGAAAAGCUUCAGCCAGAGCACGAGCCUUAGCACACAUCAGAGAAUUCACACAGGGAAGAAACCAUAUGUAUGUCUUCCGUAUGGAAAAAGCUUCAAGAAGAGCUCAGGUGUUCCUUCCCACCAACAUACUGCCCACCCAGAGGAGAAACCGUACAAAUGCCUGGAGUGCGGAAAGAGCUUUAGCCACAACGUGAGGCUUAUCGCUCAUCAGAGAACCCACACAGGGGAGAAACCGUUUCAGUGCCCUGAAUGUGGAAAGAGCUACGCUGAAAGAGGGACACUCAUGAUACACCAAAGGAUCCACACAGGGGAGAAACCUUAUAAAUGCGAGGAGUGUGGCAGGAGCUUCAAUCACCGGUCCAAUUUUACUUCACAUCGGAGAACUCACACAGGGGAGAAACCUUUUAAAUGCAUGGAGUGUGGGAAGAGCUUCAGCCAGAGCACAAGUCUUACCACCCACCAGAGAAUCCACACAGGGGAGAAACCAUUUAAGUGCACUGAGUGCAGGAAGAGCUUUAGCCGGAGGUCGAGGCUCACCUCUCACAAGAGAACUCACACUGGGGAAAAGCCCUUCCGAUGCCCAGAGUGUAGGCAGAGAUUCAGUCAGAAAGCCCAGCUUUAUUCCCAUCAGAGAAUCCACACGGGUGAGAAGCCGUACCAGUGCCCCCAGUGCGGGAAAAACUUUGGUCACAGCACAAGCCUUAGCGCUCAUCAGAGAAUGCACACAGGGGAGAAGCCCUAUGAAUGUCCACAGUGUGAGAAAAGCUUCACUUACAGGGGGAGCCUUAUUGCUCAUCAGAGAAGCCACUCCCUGGAGAAGCCAAAGGAGUGCCUGCAGCCUGGGAAGGGCCUCAAGGAGAGAUCAAGCGCUUCUUCACAUCAGAGAGGCCACACAGGAAAACUCUGGAUAUACGGUCCCUUGCUUACAAACCCAGCUGACGGUUCAGCGCCGGUUCCCUGUUCAUCUGGCAAGGAGACCGAUAUUAAUGGGAAAUUCUUUGUUUUAUUUAAAAGAUGAGCAGUUUGACUCUUGGGCAAGUGCUAUUCAGUCCCAUCGCUUUGUUUCCUUUUGCGUUUGCGAGCUACGAAAUUCCCCUCUUGCCGUCAUCCUGUGUCGUUAUCGUUGUCAAAUGUUUGGGGCAAGGCUGUGGCUAGGCAGCCUCUCUGAGCAGCACCCACCAAAAUUUUAAAAGGACCAUUAAAAAAAUCAAAGAUUAAAAACUUUCCGAUAGAGGGCUGCCUUCAGAUGUCUUCUAAACAUCAGAUAGUUAUUU